UCUCGAACCAACUCAUCAUCAGAUCAUCUAGUUAAAUACAAGUUCCACGUCCUUGCUAAUCCCCUAUAGACUAUAGCUAGCGAUGAAAGGAGUUCAUUUCCCUGUAACUGCUGCUGCCCUGUCAGUAUUAGCAUUCGCCACCCUCCUUGUCUCUGCCUCUGAUCCCGAUCCUCUUCAGGACUUUUGCGUAGCAAUUAAUAACACCGAUUCUGCUGUAUUUGUGAACGGGAAGUUCUGCAAGGACCCAAAACUUGCAUCAGCAAACGAUUUCUUCUCUGACAAGCUCCGGUACCCCGGAAACACAUUGAAUCCAGUCGGUUCAAUUGUUACGGCGGCGAACGUGGAUAAUAUACCCGGACUCAACACUCUCGGCAUAUCCUUUGCUCGCGUAGACUUUGCACCAAAUGGCCUCAAUCCUCCUCACACUCACCCUCGUGCCACGGAGAUCCUCAUAGUCGUGGAAGGCUCACUCUACGUCGGAUUUGUCACAUCCAAUGGCGACGGCAAUCGGCUGUUCACCAAAGUGUUGUACAAGGGAGAUGUGUUUGUAUUCCCAAUCGGUCUCAUUCACUUCCAACUUAAUGCUGGAAAAACCAAUGCUUUGGCCAUAGCCGGUCUCAGCAGCCAGAACCCAGGAGUGAUCACCAUUGCGAAUGCAGUCUUCGGAUCCAACCCUCCCAUCAACCCUGAUGUUUUGGCCAAGGCAUUCCAGGUGGACGAUAAUGUGGUUGAUUAUCUUCAGAAACAGUUUUGGUACAAUAACAGUUAAUCAAAUCGACUCACAAAUUAUAUGAAAUCUAAUAUUAAAUAAAUAAGAAGAUCAUGGUUUGAUUUGCCUAUGUAAUGAUGUACCAAUCUUCCUAUACAGCCAGUCUCCUUCCGACUCUGAGGGAUGUUUUGAGCAUAAUUUUAAUACAACAGUGAUAUGUGUUAUUUA